UUAUACUUUCCAUGAAGUUUAAAAAUUACUGAAUUCUGUUCUGCUCACUAUUUUACUGUGCCAUUGAUUUCAAUUCAUUACUCUAUUCACUCUAUUAACUGGAUUCACCAUUGUUAUCACUCGGUUAAAUAUUCUAUACUAUCACUAUUGAACUAUCCACUACACUAUUAACUUCCUCUGUGUACAUCUACGGUUCAAUUAUAUCUUAUAGCCCCAAUUGAUCCUCUCACUAAAAUCAGUCUCACUAUUUUCUUAUCGUUACCGAAUAAAUAUUUUUCGGUUCGCCCCUUGAAAUUUCAUUCUUUCAUCCAUCUUCAUUAGUUUUGUCUAAUUCUUUUCAUUCAAUUGUUCAAUAAAUCUACCAAUCAAUCAACAGAAUUAUUAUUAUCAAUGUCUACUGCUGCUCCUGUUAAAAUCACCCCUUGCUACUUAUUUGGUUGGCACGAUCCAGUUUUAACUGGUAAAGUUCUUGCCAGUGUCGUUUCAGUAUUGGUCAUCUUUAAAUAUAUUAAUUUAUUUAAUGUAUUUUUCCAUAUUGCAUACAUUGGAUUAUUAGUAUCUGCUGCUGCUGAAUAUGUUGGAAAAUUAGUUACUGGUCAAGGUUUUGUUACAAAAUAUAAACCAACUACUAAAUCAGUUGCUAAAAUUUUUAAUGAAUCAAUUUUACCUCAAAUUGGUGAUCUUACUAUUUAUAUUGAAGAAGAAUUCAAUAAAAUUGCUUAUUCUCAUGAUAUUGAAACUACUUUAAAAGCUGCUGGUGCUUCUUAUAUCUUAUAUAAAGUUACUUCAUGGUUUUCUUUAUUCACUUUAGCUGUUGUUGCCGUUGUAUUUUUCUUUUCUUUCCCUCCAUUCUAUCAAACUUAUCAAAUUGAAAUUGAUCAAGCUGUGGCUGAAUAUACUAAAAUCAUUAAAGAAAAAAUUGCUGAAAUCACUAAAUUGGCUCAUGAAAAGGCUGCUCCUCAUAUUGAUACUUUAGUUAAAAAAACUGGUCCAGUUGGUUCAUUUGUUCAAUCUAAAUUCCCAACUAGAACUGCCGGUUCAACUGUAGGUGAAAGUAAAACUACUUUUGGUACUGCUGCUGAUGCUUCAUCUGCUACUACUUCUGGUUCAUCUCAAUUCCCAAAUGCUCCAUCAACUACUUUAGGUGAAUCCACUUUUGAAGAUGCUGUUGAUCAAGCUAAAUCUGCUGCUCAUGAAGCUGCUCCUCAACACUUUUAAGUAUUGAAAGGAGUUUUUGCCAUUGUUUUUAUCCUUUGAAAUUUAAUAUUAGCUUUUCACCCUUUUCCAUGUUUAAUUAUUUGUUGUAUACACUAGUAAUUGACAUUUGAUGGUGCAAUUGUCAUUACCACUGCGAUUAUUAUUUAUUUUUAAGUGCUGGUCUACAGUAUUAAUUUGUCCCAUGAGGAUAUAUGUUUAAAGAAUUUGUUAUUUCAAACAAAUUGAAUUAGUUUUUUAUAUAUUUACACUAUUAUAGCUUGAAUUAAUUUAAUUAAUAUUAAUUU